UUAUACAUCGUUACUAUAAUACAUUGUUAUUUUUUCUUCCCGAAGCCAACUCUGAGAUACAGAACCCGAGCUCGAGGGACAAGUAUGUGGAAGGAAAAGCCCUUGGCACUCAACCAGCCUCCUCGCCCUUUCUUGGGCCGUGUUGCCGAGAGUCAGCAGAGAAACGUACCCGUGAACUAUCAGCAACCACCGCCCGCCUUUGGCAACCAGGCCUACGACGACGACCAGGAAUACGACCAGAUUGACAACCAGGCCUACCAUAACCAAGGCUACAACCAGGGCUACCAACCAGGCGCUCAGGGCUACCAACCAGGCACUCAGGGCUACCAACCAGGCACUCAGGGCUACCAACCGGGCGCUCAGGGCUACCAACCGGGCGCUCAGGGCUACCAACCAGGCACUCAGGGCUACCAACCGGGGACACAGGACUACCAACUGGGCACUCAGGGCUACGACCACGACCAAGGCUACGCACAGGGUUACAUCCAAGAGGACGAGGAAGAGCCUUUGUACACCAAUGUGGAGAGCUCGGCCAUGAACCCGCCUGUCGCGCCGCCUCGCCCGCCGAAGCCGCCCAAGUACUAGGAGACAUAGUGCCAAUUGAGUGAAGA